CUCUAUUACAGAUGUUUUGUUGUCAAAACCAAAAUAAAAGACAAAAGAUCAAAUAAAUUUAAAAAACUAACAAUAGAAGGUAGUUUCAAAUAAUGUAAAGUUUUUACGUGUACGUUCUUUGUGUAUGGUGGAUCGCGUUCUUGCGUUAUCGGUGCAAAGAAAUUUUCCGCCUGUAAAAUGGCAUUUUCGAUUCGAAAGAUCAUAUCAAACAUUACGUAUUUCAAAAAAACCGAGGAGGCGUCCGAAAGCUCUGAUAAUUCUAUGAAAAAGCGUCGCUACACCUACAUCGUGGACGAUCCAAUAAGUUUCGAAAAACUGGAGCCCGAUUCGACGUCUCGUUACUCUAGCUUGCAAUUACCAGAUUCUGUUAAGAAAUACGCAGCGAAAAAGGGUUCUUUGUCCGAUACAGAUAUCUUACACCUAUCAGAUGCACCUAUUCGUCAUAAACGUCGUAAAUGUAAGAAACUGAAGAUAGAUAUUAAAAAAGCGAGCCAAUCUAUGCAACAGCUCAGCGAUUUAAACAUAGAAAACACGCCCAAACAUGUCUUAUUGGAGUGCAAGUCAUCAGAAGCAUUCAGUGAACGAAUAAAGGGUUUUGAUUUCAAUAAAUCAUUUGAUAUGUACAAUGAAAUCUCUGAUAUUGAGUCGUCGUUUGAAGAAGAAGAGUUGGAGAUAGAUUCCCUGUCUGAACGCUCAGAUUCCACUCCCAAAUCACCAGUUAAAAUGUGCCGGAAGAUAGAUAACCAAUCCACAAGCGAUGAAAACAGACCAGUUCCGUCCACGACUCCGGAAUCGUUUGCUGAUGUUGAACUGGAUAAAAACGAGGAAGAACGUGUGAGGCUACUCCUCAACUAUCAGAUGCGAUUCGAAAGACUGGAAUGCUUCAUGAAGAAACUGCUCACAGAGUUCCAGUUUCAUAUAGAAGUGUCAAAGAUAUUUCACUCAAGGUCUAUAGUUACCGCCCUCCCUGGCUCCGACUUCAACAAUAUACCUAAGAAGCUAGGCGAUGUAUAUGUUGAUAAUGUGCAUAGAGACUUAAGAAGCCUAAGCCCCACUGGCUGGAAUGUGAUAAUGGAAAAAGAAGACCACCAGACGAAGACGAAAAUGCGCAAGCAGUUCCUCUCUAUGAAAAACACCAUAGACCAUUUCGUACAUAAUUAUUUGCACAAGCAGGACACCAAUAAGAAAUAUUUGCUGUCCAAGAAGAAGGAGUCACAAAAACGUUUCAAUGUCAGCCACAAGAAGAAACAAAAGCAUUUUGACUUUCCGGAUCUGCGAGAUGCCAUGAUACAUCUAUUCUCAGUUCAGGACGAGUCCGUAUCGAACUACAGUUUCGACGAGGGCUGCAAGUGCUUUUGUAAAUGUCACCAGUCCUCACCGUCACAAACAGAUUCCGGAUUAACGGCAAACCCUGAUCAUUCCACAUCAAUAACGUCUUCUAUCGGAAACUUCACACUGGAUUCCACAACACUUACAGCAUAUUCAGAGUCUCUCGAUCAGAUAAUAAGCUACAACAGCUUCCAAGACUCGCUCUAUAACACUUUCUUACAAAAAGCCACGAUAGAACGAAUAACCUUUUACAUUCAAGUGCACAGCAUUCAGCUAAAAUGCGAACAGAACGAUGCAGACUUUGAAUCAAAACAAUCAAUCACAUUCCACUGUCCUUCAUGUAAGAGCACGGAGACUGAAGAAAACGGGUUAUUAAAACACAUCUUGAGCCAGUCUCACUGUGAGAAAAUCCACUUUUUAUACAAAACAGCAUACAUAAAGAAAUGUGUUGCAGCUGGCAAGGAAAUUCAGCCGAGCACAGUUUUAAAUCCAAUGACGUUAUAUAGAGAUGAGAAUAAAAUCGUUUGUUUUGGGGAUGCAUUGUACGCUUGCUCGCUGUGUUUUGAGAAUUUGAUUAUUGGCGAAUCAGUAUUAAUGGCGCACUGUGCUGAUCCAUAUCACAUUGAGCGGAAAGAAAAGUUAUGUGAAAUGGAAUGAGUCUUUGUGUCUAAGAAGCGAAUAUCUGAUAUAUUUUGUGUCGGCGAUUAUUGAAUUUUUUUCUGGGCUUCGUUCAUGAGUUCUAUUCUCGCUUGCUUGAAUCAAAUUCUAAUUGUCCAACUAUUUUGUAAUUCAACCACAUGCCCAAAUAAUUACAAAAUUUUUUUUACAUUUUUUUUAAACAGUGUGCCUGAAAUAUUUUGAUUUAAUACGAAAAUUAUUAUUGAUUUUUUUUUACAUAUAUUCAAAUAGAUUAAAUAUUUUGCAUGUUAAAUUAAUUGACAUUGAUUAACAUCUAUAAGAACUUAAUUUCAUAAUUUCUAAGUUGACUUUUGACUAUCUGUAUUUCUUUCUUUUUUUUCGCUAGGUCUGACUAAUCCCAAAAAUUUGUUUUUUUUUUCCAAACUACAUAUUUUAUUUUAUCACAGGCUACAAAAGUGAAAAGUAUAAAUUUUGACGUGUCGAGUUCUAAAUUUAAACUUUAGAAAUAUUGCCACUGUCAAAAAGCUAAACUAAACCAAAAAGUUCCUAGUUUGUUUUACACUUUUACAUGCAAUUUAGAUGAAAUUUGUAAAUAUAUUAUUUAAUUUUUACAAGCUCAAAUUAACAGGGUGUUCAGAAGUGAAAUGUUAUUUAUGCUAAGAAAACUUGUUUGUAUAUCUACUAUCUUUAAACUUGCUUUCGUAAUUUUUCUCUUACCUUAUUUGUAAUUAUAGUUAAUAUCUUAGAAUAAUAAGUGUCAAAGAAUUUGUAACAAAAUUAAUGUAACCAUUUCUCAAAUUUUGAUCUCAUCCUAAAUGGACUUUAUAAAGACUGGUUUUUCAUACAUUUUUAACCUGUUAGCAUUAAUAGAAUUUUUCAUUUUCUAUGUAAAACUAAAAAAAAAAAUCGUAGAGUAACUGUAUUUAACGAAAUUAUUAUAAAAAUUGAUGUAUUUUUUUAAUGCAUGUAACAUUCUUGGAUACGAUUUUCGCUAUAUAAAUAGGGGCAACAUGACCGUGGUCCGUUUUCUCCAAGUCUACCUUAUUAAUUAUCAACUUAGUAGACUGUAGAUUAUUGAAUAAUUAAGGUUAAUAAUAAGUAAAUAUAGGUCAGGAAUUUACUUUUGGUACUAUUUUACACAUAAUAGUCUUCCUCUUUCUAUAUCAAACUAAUUUUAUUGUACUAUUUAGUUACUAAUUUUAUUUUUAGAAAAUGGAUGAAAUUCAAAUAUUAACUAUUGUUUGCCUUUAGGUAAAUACUGUAAUCUAAUCAAAAUAAUUCAUGUUGAAAUAAUCUGUUCGUUAUUAUAUAGAUGUAGACUGUAUUAUCGAUAAUUCAUAAGUCCAAAAUGUUUUUUUUACCGAUUUUAUGUAAUAAAAGACGUUCAAUUAAAGACUGGCUUCCAAAGCAAAAAAAAAAAAAAAAACCAUGGUGUAUUUUCCCGCCUUUUCUUAAAUCACUAAGUAGUUUUCAUGAUAUCUUAUUUAACAAUAUAAUAUCGUAGUCGUUGUAUAUCUACACGAAUUUGUAUGUAAGUCUUGUAUAAUGAAAUAAAAUAAAAAAAAAACUAAAAAAAAACACGCUUAAAUAGAAUUAAAAUUAGAAAUUACUAGUGCUAAAGUUAGUCUAGAUAACAAUACAUUGUCUCGAUUUUUAAAUGUUAUUUACAAAACACAAAUCUGUCAAACAAAGAGCUAUAAGUUUCUGUGAUUUAAAAUCUCGUUAAAAAUAGUUCUAAGCUUAUGUUUUAAGUCAUAAAAUAAAUUAAUAAAUUAAAUAAAUGUGACGGCUCAAGACAAAUUCCUAUGAUGGUGAUAUUUUAUCAAUUGAAUAUUUUGUACUUUUUUGUUAAUAAUUUAAAAAUGGAAUUCAAAUAAUGAUAAAAGACAACCGUGCCAUAGACAAUUCUCCCAAGGACCAUCUGAGCUUGUCCCAUGUAUUCGGUAUCUGUGAUUAUAAAAGGUGUUCAAAAAGUUUUUAUUGCAGAAUUUUUCGACACAUUCGUAUUUUUUUCUACGUUAUUUUUUUAUUUAAUAAUUAUUUAUAAUCUGUAUCCUAAAUAUACCAAAAUUCUGCAAUGAAGGUUUCAUGCUUUAAAUUAACUGUGAUCAUAUUUCGGCUAAAUUUACAGGAAAAUAAAAAUAUGCAGUUUGGA